AUGUCCAAACUACUCUCCGCCAUCGUCCGUCGACUCCGGGAUCCUGAUUCUUCGGUCCGCUCUGCCUGCGUAUCUGCUUCUCUCUCCCUCUCUUCACGUCUCACAUCGUCAUCUUUUGCUUCCAUUACCAAGCCAUUCCUUGAAUUUCUCUUCAGAGAACAUGACUCUAAUACUCGUGCUGCUCUCUGUUUGGUAUCAAUAAUCGAAGGAUCACAAAGUCUGGAUUCCGGUAGCUUGAAACGCCUGUUACUGAGAUUUUGGAUCCAAUCAGUGGAGAAAUCUUGCCCUAAUUCGAUUUCUCACGAACAUAUUGAGGAAAUGGGCUUUGGUCAAUAA